UCCAGCUGGAGCGGCCGAGUUUUGCUCCUGCGGCGUGUCUGCAAGUGCGGCCCUUCCUUCGGCUGCCUCCGUGUUUGCUCAAGGCUGGGGCUGCCCGGCGGGGCAUGAAUGAGCGUUUCUCUUCCUGACUGACGACUGCUGCUCCCCCUCCUUCUCCCACCUCUUUCCAAAACCUCUCUCCUCCCAGCUCAGCCCCUCGCCUGUGCUCCUGAGCUCUGCCCCUCCAGCUGGAGCCACAGGUUUAUCUGGAGGCGAGGAGUCCCUCUUUGUAAGCUGAGACCCAGGAGGAGGGAUCUGCUGGACCCUGGAGGAGAAACAGUUUAGCUGCCCAGGAGGAACGAGGAGAGGCAGAGCCUGGGCACCAUGGCUGGAUUCUCUGCUCUUGGGCUUCUCGUCCUGUGCCAGCUGUUAGCCACAACAUCAGCUCAGAGGGUAGGACCACAAGGCCCUCCUGGACCACGAGGACCCCCUGGACCAUCUGGCAAGGACGGCAUAGAUGGAGAGCCGGGCCCUCCUGGUUUGCCAGGCCCACCAGGGCCAAAAGGUGCACCAGGGAAGCCUGGAGCAGCUGGUGAAGCCGGAUUGCCUGGCCUUCCUGGAGUGGAUGGUUUAACAGGAACUGAUGGCCCACCUGGCCCAAAUGGGCCUCCAGGAGACCGUGGUGCGUUAGGACCUGCCGGGCCACCUGGACCAGCUGGCAAAGGACUACCAGGACCUCCAGGGCCUCCAGGACCCAGUGGGCUCCCAGGUGGAAAUGGAUUUCGGGGUCCUCCUGGACCUUUUGGUCUGCCAGGAUUCCCAGGGCCUCCUGGACCACCCGGACCUCCUGGUCUUCCAGGCACCUUUCCUGAUGGCGGUGGGGACCUUCAGUGCCCAGCUCUGUGCCCACCGGGUCCUCCAGGUCCCCCAGGAAUGCCAGGGUUCAAGGGACACACUGGUCACAAAGGAGAACCUGGUGAAAUAGGAAAAGAUGGAGAAAAGGGCAACCCUGGCCCUCCCGGUCCCCCAGGCAUUCCUGGCAGCGUUGGCCUGCAGGGCCCAAGAGGACUAAGAGGCCUCCCCGGUCCAAUGGGUCCAGCUGGCGACAGAGGUGACAUCGGUUUCAGAGGGCCACCUGGAAUCCCAGGACCUCCAGGGAAACCUGGAGACCAAGGGAACAAAGGACCUCAAGGAUUCAGGGGGCCCAAAGGCGAUACUGGUAAACCUGGACCAAAAGGAAACCCAGGGCCCCGGGGACUCAUAGGAGAACCUGGCAUUCCUGGCAAGGACGGACGGGAUGGAGCUCCUGGACUCGAUGGUGAGAAGGGUGAUGCAGCUCGUGCGGGUGCUCCUGGAGAGAAGGGGCCAAACGGACUUCCUGGACUGCCUGGAAGAGCAGGUAUUAAAGGCUCAAAGGGUGAACCAGGCAGUCCUGGAGAGACGGGAGAGGCAGGUCCCUCUGGAGAGCCAGGCAUCCCUGGCGAUGUUGGUAUUCCUGGUGAGAGAGGUCUGCCGGGACCCAGAGGAGCCACUGGCCCGCUUGGUCUUCAAGGCCCGAUGGGAGCCCCCGGUGUCAGAGGUUUCCAGGGUCCCAAAGGUGCCAGUGGGGAGCCUGGCCUUCCUGGUCCAACUGGGAUUCGUGGAGAGUUAGGAGACAGGGGUCCUACUGGUGUUCCUGGUCCCAAAGGUAACCAGGGCAUUGCUGGAGCAGAUGGCCUCCCAGGUGACAAAGGAGAACUGGGUCCCUUUGGUCCCCCUGGCCAAAAAGGAGAGCCAGGAAAAAGAGGAGAACUUGGUCCAAAAGGUGUCCAAGGACCUAACGGGACAGCUGGAGUACCCGGGAUCCCAGGACAUCCAGGGCCCAUGGGCCAUCAGGGGGAGCAAGGCGUUCCCGGCAUCACGGGAAAACCUGGGCCUCCUGGCAAAGAGGCCAGCGAACAACAUAUAAGGGAACUCUGUGGGGAAAUGAUAAAUGAUCAAAUUGCACAGUUAGCUGCUAAUCUGAGAAAGCCGUUGUCUCCGGGAAUGACGGGUCGUCCUGGCCCGGCGGGUCCCCCGGGUCCUCCUGGAGCUGUGGGAAGUGUUGGGCACCCUGGUCCUCGUGGCCCCCCUGGGUACAGAGGGCCAACAGGAGAACUUGGUGAUCCUGGUCCCAGAGGUGACUCUGGCGAAAAGGGAGAUAAAGGACCUGUUGGUCAAGGUAUUGACGGGCCCGACGGCGAUCAAGGACUUCAGGGACCACCUGGUGUACCUGGAAUUACUAAAAAUGGUCGUGAUGGUGCUCAGGGUGAACCCGGUCUUCCAGGGGAUCCUGGUACUCCUGGUGCUAUUGGGGCUGCGGGAACUCCAGGAAUAUGCGACACGUCGGCUUGCAUGGGAGCUGUUGGAGCAUCAACUUCCAAAAAGUCAUAAAGCAACAGUACAAGAAGCAAAGUGACUGAAUAUUUAAAUAAACAGUGCAUUGUGACAAAACAGGCAGAAUCCUCCUAGUGAUAAAUGGACAGAUGUUCCUUCUAUUAUAUUAAGUGGAGACUGACACAGUUCUAUGAAAAAGCAUCGGAUGAAAACUUUAAUUAAAAGAUGCUUUAUGAGUAUUUUUUCCUCCCCUCAAUUACUUUCCAGAAUUUUGACUGCUAAACAACCUCACCUUCCCUUUGUCCCUUUGUUCAAGAGACCUGCAAGAGGAAGCAGCGUUCCUUUUUACCAUCACCCCCCCCAGCUGUGUACUAAAGAUCACAACUUUUCAGUAUAAACAUUUGAGCUUUGUGAGUUGAAUUCCUUGGUGCUGCUCCCCCUGACUUCAGUUAGUGCACAAAUUGCAUGAGAUACACGGGGUGAAGGAGUUCAGGCACCUAACUGCUGUUUACAGCAGUGGAAACUAGGCACUUAAAUAGCCCCUAUUUUAAUAUCUUAAGAUUCUGGCCUAAGACGAGACCAUAGCUUAUGUAUAUGCUGUCAGUGAUCAGUUUGGCAGAUUGCACCUCAAAUAUUUGCCAAGACUAGUAAAUAGUAAUCCUCUUGCAAUCAAAUUCUGCAAAAGGUGUAAUGUAUAUAUUUUAAUUUCCAGGGGAGAAUUUUUGUAUAUUUCCAUAUGAUAAUAAAUGAAAUUAAGUAACAGCAUUUUCACAACCUCUACUUAAGCUAUUUGCACAGUAAUUGUGAACAAAGCCCCAAAUAAGAAAGGAUGCUCACGUCCAGCCAAAAACACCUGUAUGAACUGUUGUAAAAAUAAAAGGAGAUUUUUUUUAAUCUUUU